AGAGGCUGGUGGUAAAAUGUCAGUCAGUCUGUCUCUGUAUGAUGGUCAUCAUGUCUCCCCUGAACCAAGCAGCUCUGCUCUUGUUUCUAUCCACGUACGGAGUCUCUGCAGGAUAUCAUUCAGUAGUCCACAUGAACAUGCUGGGUUACAGGGGAGACUCUGUCACACUCGCUUGCAACAAAUCAGAGGCAGAUACAACACAAAUCAGUUGGACCAAAGGCAGAUCUCUUUUUGCUUAUUCAAUCUCACUGAAUAAUACUUUAUCAAAUUUCAGCUCUGACAGAGUGAAGAUAGACAUUAACUCACCUUCACUGCUGAUCAUUAUCAAUGCUCAGGAUGACGAUGAAGGACUCUACACAUGUAAUGUAACUGACACUGAUGGUCUUUUGACUAUUAAUUGGAAUUUAACUAUAUCUGAGAGACCUGCUAAAGAGGCCAGGUCAAUGUGGUAUUCACCAAAAAUAGUCAUACCUGUGGCUGGAGUGCUUCUGUGUUGCAUCAUUGCAGCUGUCUGUCUCUGCAGAAAACUGAGGCGCAAGACACCGAACCCGAACCCGGCCCAUUCUCCAAACGUGCAGAACUCUCAAGAGCAAACGGGCACAGAGAGGAAUAGUCAGUACAUGGAGAGGCUCAACUCAAUCUACAACACCUAAUGAACUGACAUGACUUUAAAUGAAGGAUAAACAAAGGACACAGUAUCAUAUGCAGAGAUAAGUAAUGAUGGACAUCAGCACACAUUUUACGGUUUAGACCAAGUGUUACAAAGACAGCCAGCCAGAGGAUGGAAAUACUGAUAGCUUUGCUUAUCAUUAAGACAUUAA